AUGGAGCCGCCGAGCGAACUACAAAAUAGCAACAGCUCGGCCCAAAAUGACACAGAAAAGCCCGUUUAUUCCGCCGUUCUACCCAUCAAAACACUGCGACAGCUAGUCAUCAAUAACAUAGAGCACUACCAGAAGUCGAGGAGCAGUACUGGCGAGAAAUUCUUCACCAUAUUCUGCGUGAUCGAACAAGAGAGCGAUGCGUUGCGACCGGCCAUCGAGACUUUGGAAGCGAUUGCCCCACGGUUCGACUUCGAUGAGAAGACACCGGGAAAUGGAUACCGGAGUUUGAUUCGCGUAGUGGAUUGUUGUGUAGAGAAGUUGAUACAGAUUUCGCGAUAUGUGGCGGUCAACAGAGACAGCAUGCUGUUCAGGAGUAGUCAUUAUUUAAAAGAGCUUGAAGCUUAUGGAAAGGUCUUGAGUCAGUUGAGGGUACUCCUUGGGUAUGGAGAGAAACUCUUGGCUUACUCUGACGUCGAGAGUGGCCAGCUGUUUCCAGACAGGGAGCAAUUGGAUCAGAUGCCGAUUGACAUCAUGCUGGAGGUACAAGCUCUGGAUAGGGAAUGCUUCUACGGGCGCUGCCUGGGCUUUCAGUUCUGUGACAGCAUGUGGCAGUCUCUACAGACCGUUGCUGUUGCUCUCGCUUCAUACAGUGAGGGUUAUCAUAAACACGAGGGUACAUUCUCACGAGCAGCAUCGUCAAUCUUCCAUGGGAGUCGGUACCUGACUAACCCAGAAGCCAGGGCCAAGCAGAUUGUCAGCGUUACUAACAAGUCAGAUAUUAGAUUCUGCAAAGCAUUCUGGUCAAUCACUGAGGGGGACGUCAUUGCGGAUAUGUGCAAUCUGAUGGCUGGUACUGUCGCCAUUAACAAGCUGAUUCAGAUUCAACCGCACACAUUUGAAUUGGACGGAGAAGAAGGGGAACCAGUGACUAUAGUACCACCAUGUGCACACACAGGGCCUGCCUCGGUACAGAUUCGUCUGCUCUCAUUUGUUGAACGAGAAGGCCAGAGCUGGCUGCAUGAGGUCACUCCCAAGAAAGACGGCAAGGUGGACGAGGACACGCCCCCUAAAUCAGCUGCACCAAUGUCUAAGGGUUUACUCAUACAUAUUCAUGGAGGUGGAUUUGUUGCACACACUUCAAAAUCACAUGAGAUUUACCUGAGGUCGUGGGCGAGGGAUUUGGGGGUACCGAUUGUUUCCAUUGAUUACUCCCUGGCUCCGGAGCAACCCUUCCCAAGAGCCUUUGAGGAAUGCUUCUUCGCUUAUGCUUGGGUCAUCAAGAACGCACAGUUUCUAGGGUCAACUGGUGAGCAUAUAUGUCUAGCAGGAGACAGCGCUGGUGGAAACCUCUCCAUCGCUGUUGGUAUGAGGGCAGCGUCUUACGGUAUCCGACCACCGAAUGGCGUCGUGACGAUGUACACCCCCUUCAACAUCCACUACCAACCCUCCCCCUCCCGUAUGCUGUGUCUUCUAGACCCACUACUACCCAUUGGGAUUCUAAUCCGCUGCCUGGCAGCCUACGCCGGGUUAAAAGAUGAGUUUAUCUCCGAAGAAAUGGCUAAUGAGAUUAUUGAGAAGGCUAACGAUAAAUUUCAUGUCAUAGCAGCGCGGAAGAUGUCACGUGGAAAUAGCGUGAAUAGCACUGGAUCGGGAACAAGUGAGAAGGAGCGACAGAUCGAGGCAAAGAGUCCUGAAGCUCACAAGAAAGAGGAAUCGAUUCUCGAUAUCGAUAACAACAUUAAGGAGAGACAGACGGAAGAUCCAGAUGAAUUUCUGAGAACUUUAGAGAUGAACGACUCGGCGUGGUCGGCGAACAUCGACGAUGGGGAUCUGAAGUUGCCAGAUGACAGUUUAGAUGAGACCAUUGCCAAAAUGUCCUCAAAUGGGGAUGUCAUUCGGAGCAAAGAGAUUGAGGAGCCUGAGACCAUCGCUGUUGUCGACCCAAACCUACCGCCCGGGUCGCCGUCGAUGAAGACAAAGGUCAUACGCAAUUCAACGCAGCCGGCAACAGUGGAGGUCAAAUCAAAUUCGGCCUCUCCACCACCAUGUGACAACGACACUCAGUCCAACCUCAACAAAGACAGCUUGACCCUUGACCUAGGGAAAGUGCCUGUCGUCAAGGAAGGAGUGGAGACUCCCUCAGCCUACGUGACAUCACCAAUCAGGAAGCUACGAGAGGUGCCUAUCAUGAAGAAUUCUUAUAUGUCACCGAUGUGCGCCACAGAUGAGCUUCUACUGGGGCUGCCCCAAGUUCAUAUCAUUGGUUGCACCUUCGAUCCACUUCUAGAUGACUCCAUCAUGUUUGCGCGACGCCUGCGCUCCCUCAAGCGUCCAGUCCACUUUGAAAUCAUCGACAAGCUCCCUCAUGGAUUUCUCAACUUCUCGCUAGUGGGGAAGGAAUGCAAGGCUGCUUCUAUGGUCUGCGUACGUCACAUCAUGCAAGUCCUUUACGGAUUCGACGAGGCACAGCAAGAGGAGUUUGCAGAUCUGGAGUCCGAGGUUAAGUAACACUCAGUGCAAUUAGGGUAAAGUUCAAGCGAGGGACUAAAGUUGACCAUUGUAGGUAUUUGCCUGGUACCCAGGAUGUAUUUCAUGUGUAGGUAACCAUGGAUUUAGUGACUAGUGGUUGACUAUUGGUCGCCACUCGAGCUUCGCCUAGGUAGUAUAAAAGUCUGUUUUUAAAAACGUCUGUGGUGUAGAGCGUUCCUGUGUACAUCAUCGAUACAGCAAUUUUUAUUUUGAUCGUUAAGAACAUUUUACAUUCUGAUUGUUACAAACAACUUACAUUGUGAUCAUUACCAACAAUUUGUAUUUGGAUCGUUACGAACAAUUUGCAUUUUGGCUUCAAGCAUCGUCAAGCAUUGAAAUUUUUCUAUGCAGCAAAGUGGUUUACCCAAGAAAUUUGAUUAAAUUCCUGCAUUCCACACCAAGGUUUUAGCCAGGGUUUGGUAACAGGGUAUAAAAAAAUUCUCAAAAUUAAACAAAUGGGUUUCCAAAUCGUAACUUAUAACACACACAUAAAUGACGACACCGAGACACCCCUUUGGCUUUGUUCCACUUGUAGUAUUUGCGCACAACGCGUAGUUAUGCGUUAAAAAAAAUCCAUUUAUCAUUGCCCAUAAAUGUGGCAAAAUUUUCACUGUGUAUCUUCAAAUAGGAAUACUCUAUUGCCUUUUCAAAGUAUGUGUAUAUGUGUUGGUAGUCUGUGACACUCAGUUAUAUUUCUCUUUUAAAUCAUCACAAAUUUCUGCUGAUGAGAGCAUUAAUCGUAUUGAAACAUGUGUUUCUGAAAUUCGUGUUUGGAUGCAGGACAACUUCCUUAAGCUAAAUGAUCACAAGACAGAAUUUCUUAUACUCGGUUCACGGCAACAACUUUCUAAAAUGACUAUUCCCCACAUUAAUAUUGGUGACUCCGAAGUCACCGCUGUUACAAAAGCUCGCAAUCUUGGUGUUAUAUUCGACUCUUCCAUUACACUUAGUUCACAUAUUUCUAGUAUUUCACGCUCUACAACAUUUCAUAUCCGUAAUAUAGGCAAAGUCAGGAAAUAUUUGACACAAAAUGCAACUGAGCAGAUAGUCCACUCUGUUGUAGUUUCUAGACUGGAUAUGUGCAAUUCACUUCUAUAUGGCCUUCCUUGUACUCAAAUUGAACGUCUUCAACGAAUUCAAAACUAUGCUGCUCGUGUUAUUACCUGAACUAAAAAGUCCUGCCAUAUAACGCCGAUUUGAAAAGAAUUACACUGGUUACCAGUAAGCAGUAGGAUUAAGUAUAAACUUUUGCUUUUCGUGUAUAAAUCGUUCACCAGUAAUGCCCCUGCAUAUAUUGAUGAUCUUCUCAGCUCAUACAAUCCUCCUCGAAAACUCCG